AUGCCAUCCUCAACCCCCGCCGGCGGCGCCUCCGCCACCCCCGAUGCCCUCGAAUCCGACCUCCUUACAAAGCUAUCGGCCACAUCUGCGCUGGAAGAUCUACAAGAGAGUCUACUGAGCUCAUUGCAUCGCGUGGGGUGGACCGAGAAGAUCACAAGUCUCGCCACCGAGCUUCUUCGCGCGGGCCGGUGCGAGACCUUUGACGAUGUAAUGGAAGCAAUCGUCGCAUCCGCCGAAGGCAGAACACAUCCAGCGUUAGGAUCCAAAAACACAGCACAAAACGGUGACGCGACGUCAAAUGGGACAAAAGAAGCAAAGUCCAACGGGACCAAAAAGGGCCACGCCUCGGGUGGCAGCAAGUCCGACACCCCAUAUGAUCCGGUGAAAUAUAUUGAAGAGGUGGACGUACGCAUUCCAGAACCCAUUGUGGACGAAGGCGUGCGCGGUUUGAAGGACAUAUUGCGGGAGAUGGUCGACUUGGAAGACGAGAAUACCCCGAAUGGCGACAAGAAGUAA